UGCACUGCGUUGAACAGUUGAACCUGCUGGGAAACGUUUAAAAGGCUGUAAAAGUUGUGUAGUUAGAACGUUAUUUUACAUUAAUUGAAGACUUUGGUGACAUCGUUUUAUUUUCUGAACGGAGAUCUAUAGGAUUUGUGCAAGUCAUUGAAAAAUUCACUGCAAGGCGAGCAAGAUCAUCUCUUCUGCACCCAACGUACGAGGAAGAUGUCGGGCGCGGCCAGCAUCGGGCUGGACUUGGGCGCAGGCAAGUGCUGCGUUGCCAGCGUGCGCGCUGGAGCGGUGACGGUGUUGCCAAACGCUCACGGCGACAAGACCACUCCGAGUUUUGUUGCCUUCACCGACUCCCGCAGCCUCGUGGGCAGCGAUGCCAGGGACCAGGCGGCGCUCAACGCCACCAACACCGUCUAUGGCGUCAAGACCAUCCUCGGCAGGAGCUUCAGGGACCCGGUCGUGCAAAACUACGUAUCCUACAAUCCAGUGAAGGUCGUGGAUGAUGGGGGGAAGCCUGUGAUGGAAGUGGAGUACCGCGGCGGAAGUCUGCACGUCGCUCCGGAGCUGGUCGCUGCCAUGCAACUGCUCAAGAUGCGACAAGAAGCUAAAAUCCAAGUUGGGGACAUCGGGGGAGUGGUAGUAGCCGUGCCCGCGUCCUACAGCAACACCCAGCGGGAGGCGCUCGUGGCGGCUUGUCAAAUUGCCGGGCUGCCCUUGCUGGACCUCAUCAGUGAAACAACAGCCACAGCUCUGGCGUACUGGCACAACCGCGGCCCCUCCGUGGCACAACAAACCAUCCUUGUGUUCGACAUGGGCGCCACUAAGCUAGACGUUUCCGUCAUUCAAGUGGGUGAGAAGGAGAUCAGAGUUCUUGCGGUUUGUGGUGACGACUCCUUUGGUGGCGAAAAUUUUGAUCAGGAGCUCAUGACAUUCGUGGAUUACGAUUUCGAAGACAAGCAUUCGAAGAGUUUGCUCGAUAAGCCUCGUUCGAAGUUGAGGUUGAAGUUGGCUUGUGAGAAUCUAAAAAAGAAACUUACGCUGCUGCAAUCUUUCUGGCUUAAUGAAGACAACAUUCAAGGGGAGCUGCCUUUGAACAUCUUUGUGCAAAGAAAGCAGUUCCAACGCCUCUUUGUUAAAAUUUUAUCGAUGAAACUCGAUACCAUUCUUGGUUCUGUGCUGCAGGAUGCAGGACUGACUAAGGAUCAAAUCGACGAAGUGGUCGUCGUUGGGGGAUCUAGCAGAGUUCCAUUUAUUUCUGACUUUCUCCAAACAUAUUUCGGAAGAAAUACUCUGAACAAGACUGUGAACGCGGAUGAAUCUGUGGCGUGCGGGGCAGCCAUCAGAGCUGACCAACUGAACGACAAUGACACAACACAAGUCAUCGCCAUUAGUGAGAUGGUGCAAGAUCCAGUGAGAGAAACAUCCUUACAAGCUGCUGGGUUUAAGAAGUAUCUCGUGGCCACACCUGGCAUGAAGUGCGAUGUGAUCCGAAGAGAGCUAAACAAUAAUAAUGCUAUUGCAGUUAAGAGUUCAUACACGCUUGGGUCCCAUGGAGUUUUUGACGCUGUUACUUCAGUAUUUUACCAAAAUGUUGAGAAUGAAAUUGUAGAAGGGAAGUUAGAAAAUAAAUUUCGCAAGGAUUUGGAAAUUACAGAAAUGAAAAAGCAACUGAACCAGUUUGAAUUUGAUCGCAUAACGGUUGAAAACGACUCAAAGGCCCUCAACGAGUUAGAGGAAAUCUGCCACGAGACAGCCGCAGGGUUGAUAUGCCUUCAACAGCCAUCCGGCGCAGAAGGAAUGGAAAAGUUGAUCACCGAAUUGUUGAGUUGGAUAGACGACAACGAAGAUGCUACCGUGGCCUUAUGUGCUGAAAAGAAAAGUAAAAUUCUAGAAGCCUGGAAGAAGUUGAACAAAGAACUCAUAGAAAUUUGUGAGCGGAAUCUCGUUAAAAUUAUUCGAAAGGAACAGCCCGAUAGCGAACAAGAUCAGAACAAGACAACGUUUGAACUUGAGACGACACAAGAGGAAAAUAACGCUGAAGAUGAACCAACUGAAAAUGAUCAAGAAAAAAAUGAGGGUGUCAGCGUAGAAAUGGAAGCUUCUGCUGGCGACUCCAAUCAUCGAGAAAAUGAUGGUAUUUCUGACGACAAAAAUUGGUCAGCUAAGCAUACAGACGUUUCUGAAAAAACUUGCUCCCAAGUACCCAAGACGAAGGUUUAUGGAAACACUGGUCCAUCAGGAGAAACUAUUAAUCGUGGUAGCACUAGUCCAGCGGGAGCAUUCAAAGAUUGUGGUAGCCCUGAUCCAGCUGAAGCGGCCAAAGUUCCCGGAGGCACCUGUCAUUCGAGAGCAGCCAAAGAUUCUGGCAGCACUGGUCCAGCGGGAGCACUCAAAGAGUCUGGCAGCACUGGUCCAGCGGGAGAAGCCAAAGUUUUCGGAGACACUGGCAACCAGGUACAAAGAAGCGAAGCGUUGAGAGGUUUUGGUCAGUCGGAAGCAACCAAUGCGUCUGGACACAACAUUACACAAACUGGAGGCAACAACGCUGCUGAAAACACCAAUGCAGAAACAAAGAAAGACAAAAGUAAGGAUAAGGGCUGUGUGAUUUAAUACGAUUUAUUUUCCUCACAUUUGCUGUUUCUUCUGAAAAGUUUUGUGUUGCAAUUCGAGAAUUGCAUGAUAGAAAGUACGGAGUAGAAUUUCGGUGAAUUUACUCUUUUAUAUUUUAAUUCUUUCAGUUUAAUUAAUGUUUCAUUUUGUUUUGUCAUUAGCAAAGUAACCUGGAGAACAGGCGAUCUCUAGAGUUAUGGUGGCACUCGGAAGUUAUUUUCACGAUAUCAACAAUGAACUGUUGGUGCGUGCUCUUAUUUUAAACACAACAGCAUUAGAUUUGUACUUGUGUAUGUUUCUCUCCAGCCAUUCAUACAAUUAUAUAUCUCAGCGAUUUCGAUAUUAAAUUUAUGAGGAGUUAUCACUGCGUGAUAUGAUACACUCGAAAUCAGCUAGUACUAUAGGGCAUCGCCAUGCUUCAAAAAUGCAUAUCAAAAGCUGUGAUAUUGAUCCUUUUCAUGUGUCCACCGCGAAGCAAAAUGCAAUGUUUUUUACACGUGUAGUUUUGAUUUUCAUUGGGUGCUCAUUGUAAAAUUUAAAGUAACAUUUAUUAUUUGCUAAAUUUUCUUGAUAUUUGCAUAUAUUUGCUAAAAGUUCUUGACCAAAUUUCUUCUGUAAAUUUUUAUUUACUUACCCGAAAAUGGCAUGCAAGCCACAGUCGCCGGCUAAGAUUCAGCCGCUGAGGCUGAGGUCAGCCGUACUACUUGGUCAGUGGUUCUUAUAAAAUUUUGUUUAAUUUCCUUCAUCAUAACUAAUGUGUGAUGAAUUAUAACAAAAAUUAUUUGUAUUUAUGAAUCGUUCUAACUAUUUAGUGGGGUAUACUAACUACCUGUUUGAAGUAUAAUAGUAACUAGUCUCAUGCUAAGAAUAGAGGAACUUUUUGAUAGUUUUAAGUAAGCGUGUUUGAUUUUGUUCGUUGAUUUAUGUUUAAUUUCAUUCAUAAUGCAGACGUGAUGGUUGUUGGUAGGCAUGUCCAAUGCUGAUUUAUAUAGUACUAUAAUUUUAAUUUUUCUACUUGAUUUCUCUGAUUAUAUAGAUAUAGAUUACAUCUAUAUUGAUAAAAUUAUUUCUACAGAAAUAUAGAUACAACUGUACAUAGAUUAUAUCUUAUAUAUUAACUGCGUAUGAUUUUUCUGUAUUAUCUUCAUUGUUCUGCAGGGCAUAAAAUUUGUUACGUGAGAUGCAUGAUGACGAUAUGAUAUAAUAUUGGUAAUGCAAGUAUAAUAAAGUUUGAU